AAGGAAAGAGCAUCAAACAAAAUAAGGUGGAUCCCAUCCACACUUAUUUGUUUAAUGAGACAAAGGGUUACCCUCACCCCUCCCUCUACCUCAUUCUCGACUAAGAGACACCCAGGAAGAGCAAGAAAUCCACCAUCCUUCAUUCUCCAUUGUUGAAGAGAGCUCAACAAAAAGGAAUCCCAAGAAAAGGAGCUAAAGUGCUAAAAGUGUGAAAAGAUUAAGGCACUUGUAAAGGGUAUUUCAAGUGAUUUCACAAAGUUGGAAAAGUCGCCGGAGUUGUCGCCGGAGUUGACCAAAAGUCGCCGGAGUUUCACCGGAGUUCAACCAAGAAGGGUAGAACUUCAUAACGCUAGUUCAAGGUUGAAGCUAGGGCUUGCUACCUGCACCUUCCUACGGGUGACAUCAAAUCAAGGAAGACGUGGUGACAUCACUUGAUUUCACGGCGGUUGUACACGCGCUUGGAUUGCGGUCUGGGGCGUGACACUCUGUAUUGUAGAAGAUGAUUGAUCAAGGAAAAGGUUUGUAAAGAUGGGGUGUAAAGUGCAAACCUUGGGGAUUGAAUUCCCAGAAUUUUGCGAAGAUCAAGGAAAAGGUUUGUGAAGAAACAAUUCUUCGUUGUGCAUGGAGUCGGUGGAUCGGAGACGGUGUUUGGCCGUGUAAGCGUUUGAGAGAGCAGUGGGGAGAUGGAGGACAACACAACAAGUGAGAUGCAAACAUUGGUCGGCAGAAACAAGGACAUAUCUGUUCCAAGCAUAAUGAAUGACGAUGCAAGAAAUCGGAAAAGGUCAGAGACGGGAAGGGAUGACAAGAUGAACAAGGAAGACGAAGUAUUGCUGCCCCCCCCCCCCCUCCUGAAGCACCGCCUUGGAGCGAAUGAAGAGCCAGCGAUUAGAGGUCGAUGUUUCACGGUGGGACUUGGUCACCCGCGCUCUUAUGCUCUAUCUGCGUUCAAGUUUUUUUCUUUUACUAUCUUGUACUUCUUUGUUAAUUAUUGAGACUUGUGGGUGUUUUUUGUUGUGAGAUUGAGUGGAGGCCAUCUGGCUAAUCUGGCCGAUAAUAGAUUCGAAAUUCUCGCAUACUCAACGAUUAGUCUCACUCAUUU